GCUUCAACUGCCUGCUGGGGCGGCAGAAGUGAAGUAACUGAGGACCGGAAGGAUGGUGCAGUCGUGUUCCGCCUACGGCUGCAAAAACCGAUACGAUAAGGAUAAGCCGGUUUCUUUCCACAAGUUUCCUCUUACUCGACCCAGUCUUUGUAAAAAAUGGGAGGCGGCUGUCCGAAGAAAAAACUUUAAGCCCACCAAGUACAGCAGUAUUUGCUCAGAACACUUCACCCCAGACUGCUUCAAGAGGGAGUGCAACAACAAGUUACUGAAAGAGAACGCUGUUCCCACAAUAUUUCUUUGCACGGAACCACAUGACAAGAAGGAAGACCUGGAGCCACCGGAGCAGCAGCCCCCGCCUCCCCUGACCCCGCCCAUCUCCCAGGUCGACGCUGCCAUCGGAUUGCUCAUGCCCCCGCUCCAGACCCCCGAUAACCUGUCCGUGUUCUGCGACCACAACUACACCGUGGAGGACACCAUGCACCAGAGGAAGCGGAUUCACCAGCUGGAGCAGCAGGUGGAGAAGCUCAGGAAGAAGCUCAAGACCGCCCAGCAGCGGUGCCGGAGGCAGGAACGGCAGCUGGAGAAGUUAAAGGAGGCGGCGCACUUUCAGAAGGAGAAAGACGACGUCUCGGAGAGGGGCUACGUGAUCCUGCCCAAUGACUAUUUCGAAAUCGUGGAAGUCCCAGCGUAAAAAAAGUGAAAUUUAUGUCGAUUUUUAACGGGGCGAUACCACACACACACCCCUCUUCUAGCCCACAGGGGAGUUUCGUUUGAAAAGAUUACACUUGAUUACUUGUAUAAAAACCAUUCAGAAUAUUUUUUUAAAAAGAAUAAAUUAGAUAUAUACUGUAAAAUUGUAAUUUUUUUUUUUAGUUUGUAAUGUCAGCGUUUUUACAUUUUAACAAAGUAUUUUAAAAGUUAUAAAGUAACCUCAGAGCUCCCAUAUAAGUUGGUUUCCAGAUUGGGGAUUUUUGUUUUUUAAUUUGAGUAUUUCUAGAAAUGACAGAAACAUAAAAAAGAGAAUGAGAACAGUACAGUGAGGAUGAUUUCGGUUUAAAGCGUAACAUUUUUAAUUAAUGCAGUUUAUUGAAAGAACUUAGUUACGUCUUAAAUCAGAAGCAAGGGACAUAACUUCUCAGAAUAUAUAUAUAUUCUUAUUCACACAUUCUUGUUUGUCAAGUCAGAAGAUUCAUCUGUCUUUCUUAAUCACUUGUCAAAGUUGGCAAGUCAAUACUUUAAAAAGAAAAAAAAAAGAUCAGUUGUCUUCUGAGCAGAAAAUGAGUCAUUCCAUACUGACUCUAAAUGGUUAAAUAAUGCUACAAAAUUGAUUUUUAAAAGUGGGCCCUUCUCUCCCCCCACUGUCUAGCAUUAUAGAGUUAGAAGUGCAUCUCCAGUGGAAGAUACAUCCUUCAAUAAAUAAAGUAAGCAUUGCUAUCCACGAAGUAAUGAAGAUGGUGACCUGGUCCAUGGUUCGCUUUUUUCUGUCCCUGCUCUGAGCCAAGGGACAUCCAAUUCCCCAACUGUAGUUACACCUGCAUCCAAAUCUCUAACCAGGUGUAUUGUGUUGGUAGAGUUUGACUUGUACUGUAGUAUGGAAAUCUUGCCCUUGACUAAUUGAUUUUGGCCAAGGCUUCACAUAAAAAAUGAUUUCUUCACUUUUAGCACGAGUUUGAAAUGAUACCCCAUUUACCUAAGUGAAUGUUAGCUCUGUUCAGAAGCAUCUUGAUACGUAAUGCUUGGAAUGUUGAGAUUUAAAACACUGACGAUUCUGUUCAGACUGUGAGUUGUGUUCUGACUUGGUGAGAAGUUUUUCAUGUAUUGGAAAUGAAAACAGUUCUGCAUGAAUAAGUUCUCCUGUAGGGAUUACCUCCUUAGAUUGAGAAUAACCGCUCCCAUGGUGAUGAUUUUGUAUUUCAGAGUGCUGCACAGAACAUUUGAAAAGAUGCCGCGGUGGUGUUCAGGAGUGUCUUUUGUAGACCUGGUUUUCAUUGUGAUUCGCUGCCAUGGUGCCAGCGGGCAGUGCUUGAUUCCUGGAGAUUUGAUUUUUACGGUUACCUGAAAUCUGAUGACGUUUAGAACUAACUCUAAGAAAACAGAGGACUUUUUCCAGUUAUUCAUGGGUCUCAUUACUGCUUUUGGAAACCACAGAGUCUCCAAAUAGUUUGUUUUCACAUUUCAUGUCUCUAGCAAUUCCUGGAGGACACGUGGGUGAAUAUUUUGCAAAGUAGGUAUCUUAAAUCUAAAUUAUCAUCUACGUAAAAGAAAAUCUGUGUGUGUGUGUGUCCUCAGAACCAAGCAUCCAACACUGAAUUGUAAAAAUGAUCGUCACUAUGACUUAGCGCCUUAGCGUUGUGAUUUAACCUGAAGCUACUUUUUUUUUUCAUGACAGACGUAAAUCGGUAUUUGGAGAGGACUGAGCAAGCAUCAUGUAUACCAACCGUUUGCAUUUAAAUCAUUUAUUAUGUUUAACGGGGAGUUUGAGGUACAGGUGCUUAUCUCUGAAUCUGAGAUGUAACAUUUGUUGAAAUGUUUUAAACAGUCAUUUUGUCUUUAAAAUUCACUUUGUCUGUUGUAUUGUUUCUAACAAUGCCAAGAAGGGGAGAACACUUUGGCUAAAAUAGGUCCUGUCCAUGCAGCGCGAAACUCAGCCUGAAACGACAGGGGCUGGGUCUCAGUCUGGAGCAGGUGGGCAGGAGACCCCUGUGAGUUUCAGCCUGUUCCGAAGGAUGCCCUUUAUUUUAAGCACAUAGAGUAACAUCCUAAAACUUCCAUCGAGGAGUAACAUAAGCUGGCAAUAAUAGUGGGAAGAAAUAACUUUCUUAAUAGAACUACCAGGAAAACUGUAGAAUUUUAGAAUUAGAAGGGACCUAGACAUCACUGAGCACGUGCCUGACCUACAAAACCCCUUGUAAAAUAUCCCUGACAAGUGGACACCCGUUCUCUGUGUGCCAUUGACAUCUGAGCAGUUCUGCUUAGUUUCUUUCAAAUAAGUUUCCGGAUUAGGGUAGAAUUUGUUACCACUUUUCUUUUUCACUCGUUUUUCAUGCCAGUACAGACUUCACGUUGAACUACUGCCUCGUUCGAACUUUCAAAUUCCAAAUUAAAGAAGUUUUAAAGUUUUGUAAAAUAAAUGUUUAUUAAUUGUGUACCUGUUAUGUCUAUGAAAAAUAAUUGUCAUUGCAGUAAAGAAACAGUCGUGUCUAAAAUGAUUUGCAAAACGUUUUACUUCGUAAUCCAAGUACGUGAGAUUUUUUUCUUUUAACUGAAAUUUGUCAUCCCUUUCUUAGAAGUAUUAACUGUAAUGGUGGAGGCAAGUGAAAGUUUCACUUGAUAUGGAUUACUUUUUAGAUUAAAGUCAUAUUCUUUGAUCCUCUUUAGAUAUUAAAAAAAUUAUGUACAAAUACA